AUGUUGAGACCAAGAAACAAACUCUAUAUCUAUAAUUGUAGUCGGCGCACCACAUCUUCUACAUGGCUCAUGGGCCAUGGCGCACUUGGUGGUUCCCUGAUAUCAUUUGCUGCAAGCUCAUUUGUGGGACCUAAUCUAAGGGAUGCUUAUUGUCUAUUGGCAGUCAAGAACCGCGUCAAGAGCGAAGUAAUACCCUUAAAGCCUUUAAUUUCAGUGGCAUUCAUGGCAAUCCAAAAGGUUUGCGCUCUUCAACAACAUCAACGUCAACAACAGCAGCAAGCCGCACAUAAUCAGCACAUGAGUCCACCUUUACCACCUCCAGUUACUCAAAUGGGCGGACCAUAUUAUUCAAAUCAACCACCUCCUCACCCACCACACCAACACCAAUAUCCUUAG